CCACUCCUGCUUUAAUCCCCCCCCCCAAAAUGCACAUAAAGACCUCACUUGAAAGAAACCAACAUUUAUACAACGGAACCGCCCUUGAGUGCUGCGUGUUUCCUUAAACGCGCACACAUGAUCUGAGCUCGUUUCUUAUUGGUCGGUUUUGGUGCCUUUAGCCACCUCCUGGCGCGGGAGUUGAAACUAGUCAAAACAGAGAAAUUCGUUUCUAUGUGUCGUAUAAAGGUGUUAUAUAUUUCGGGGAUGAUUACCGCUGCGAAUCACGUUUGACUUGACAGGAUCGUAAAAGUGAUUGUUCGUCAUCAUGGAAAACGGCAGAUCCCAAUUUCCUUUUCCAUACCAGGCCUACACCAUUCAGGAGGAUUUCAUGCGCUCCUUGUACAGUGCACUGGACCAGGGCAAAGUUGGCAUCUUUGAAAGCCCCACGGGGACGGGUAAAUCUCUGAGUCUUAUAUGCGGAGCGCUGAGCUGGCUGACAGACCUUGACAACAAAAGAAAAGAAGAAGCGGCCGUCCGGCUGCAGGAGAGCGAGACUUCACUUUCUUCAUCCGACCCAGAUGCUUCGUCCCAGAGUUCGUCUGCAGAGCCGGACUGGAUCAGCAGUUUUGUGCAGAAAAAGGCUGAACGGGAUUUAGUGUCAAAGUUGAAGGAGGAUGAAAUCAAAAGAAAGAAGCGAGAGGAGCGAUUAGAACUGAUUAGGAACAAUGUUCAACUGAAGUAUGCAAUGAAAAGAAAGAGCUGUGAAGAGGACGAAGCCUUCAAGUUGUUGCAGCUCAGUAAAGAGGAUCAAACCGGCGCUGAGGCAAAUCAAGAUGACGAGGAUCUUAUUAUCGCAGAGUAUGAAAGCGAUGAGGAGUCCAAGUCAAAGAACAGAUUCAGUGUGGCUGAAGAAGAAGAUGACGACGAGUUAGUGGAAGAGCAUGUCACAAAGAUUUACUACUGCAGUCGCACACAUUCACAGCUUGCUCAGUUCGUCCACGAGGUCCAGAAGAGCCCCUUCAGCAAGGACAUCCGUCUGGUCAUAAUGGGCUCUCGGCAGAAUCUUUGCGUCAACGAGGAAGUGCGCCGCUUGGGCAGCAUUCAGCGUAUCAACGACCGCUGCUUGGAGAUGCAGAAAAACAAACAUGAAAAGCCGCAUCACGACGAGGGCGCCAAGAGGAAACGAGGUCCGCCGAAAAGCGUCUGUCCGUACAACAAAGUAUCGGCGCUACAACAGAUGAGGGACGAGCUGCUGGGCAGCGUCCUCGACAUCGAGCAACUCUUGAAGCUUGGCAGGGAAACUCAUUCGUGUCCUUACUACGCCACACGCCUCGCUGUCCCCCAGGCGCAGUUGGUGGUGUUGCCUUAUCAGAUGGUGCUGCACGAAGCCACAAGGCGGGCGGCGGGGAUUCAGUUGAAGGACCAGGUGGUGAUCAUAGAUGAAGCUCACAACCUUAGUGACACUCUCUCCUGUAUACACAGUGCAGAGCUCAGCGGUGCGCAGCUCUGCCGGGCCCACUCGCAGCUUAGCCAGUAUGCUGAACGCUUCAGGAGCCGUCUGAAGGCGAAGAAUGUCAUGUACAUCAAACAAGUUGUUUUUGUGAUUGAGGGGCUGGUGCGAGCGCUGGGAGGCAAGGUGGGUCAGAAUCCACAAAGCCAAAGCACGCAAGCAGGUCAGACAACACACAUACAUUCACAAGCAAAUAUUUGGCAGAAAAGAAAGUUGUUGUUUUUUUUUCCAGCAACAGAGAUGCUGACUAUCAACAACUUUCUUUUUCGAGCUCAAAUCGACAACAUCAACUUGUUUAAGCUCCACAGAUACUUCGAGAAGAGCAUGAUCAGCAAAAAACUGGGUAGUUUUGUGGAGAAGUACGCAGGUUCGGGCAUGACCCCGCACACUCCUGUUAGCUCCACGAAGGAGAACCGGCGCACGGAGGGCUUGAACCGCUACCUUCAGUCCUUGCACGUCAACGAAAGCACGGCACCAGUUCCUACAAACGUCCAGCAGGGGUCGUUAGAGACACUGGCUGCUUCCCCCAUGAUGCAAGUAGAGAGCUUCUUCAUGGCGCUCACCAACAGCAACGCUGACGGCCGGGUGGUCAUACACAAACAAGGAAAUCUUUCCGAGAGCAGCGUCAAGUUCCUUCUCUUGAACCCGGCUGUCCACUUCGCUCAGGUGUUGAAGGACUGCAGGUCCGUCAUUAUUGCGGGAGGAACCAUGCAGCCCGUUUCAGACUUCAAACAAGAGCUGCUGUUUUCCGCCGGAGUCGGAGAAGAGCGUAUCGCUGAGUUUUCCUGCGGUCACGUAAUUCCACCUGAGAACCUUCUUCCCAUCGUCCUGUGUAGCGGUCCAUCUGGUCAAGAGUUGGAUUUCACGUACCAAAACAGAGACUCGCCUCGCAUGAUGGACGAGACGGGCCGCAUCCUUUCAAAUAUCUGCAACGUGGUGCCAGGCGGUGUGGUGUGCUUCUUCCCGUCGUACGAGUACUCAAAGCAUAUUGUGGAUCACUGGGAGUCUGCUGGCGUUCUGACCCGACUCGCCAACAAGAAGAAGAUUUUCCAGGAGCCCAAGAAGGCCAACCAGGUGGAGCAGGUGCUGGCCGAGUUCUCUCGUUGUAUCCAGAGAUGCACUCAGCAAGGAGGCGGCAACCAAACGGGGGCGCUGCUGUUCUCCGUGGUGGGCGGGAAAAUGAGCGAGGGCAUCAAUUUCUCCGACGACCUCGGCAGGUGUGUGGUGAUGGUGGGAAUGCCUUAUCCCAACAUCAAAUCACCAGAACUGCAGGAAAAGAUGUCUUACCUGGACAAACACCUGACUCACAGUGGAGGGAAGAGCCCAGGCCAAGCACUAAUAGAAAACCUCUGCAUGAAAGCUGUCAAUCAAUCGAUAGGCAGAGCUAUCCGUCACCGUGGUGACUACUCCUCCAUUGUGCUGUGCGACCGACGCUACUCUCGUCCCGGCACUCUGGCUAAACUUCCUGCGUGGAUCCGGAGUCACACCAGAACGCACCAAAGCUUCGGCCCGGCGUUCGCAGCCUUGCGGAAGUUCUUUGUGGAGAAGAAGCAAAAACUCACCUAGUUUUCAUCCAGAGUCCUGCAGAUUUUUUUUUUUUUUUUUUUUAAACAAUCUCCCUUCGAUCGCAACCAGUAUUUGCCAAAUAUGUUUUGAUUGAUAGUUUUGGAAAAAGAAUGCGAUUGGUCUGUCUGAACACAGCCACACCCAGUUAUAAAAUGAUCUCAUUUUGUUAUUUUUCCUUGCCUAAAAGCUUCAACAUGUUUCUUCAAUUGACAUGUCAGAUGAGUUGUAGGAAAAAGGUUUUAAAUGAUUCAUCCCCGUCUGUUUUUUUUUUUUUUCCCCAUCACAAAAAAAACAAACGUUUGAACAGGGGUGUGGACUUUUUAUAUCCGCUGUGAGUCUGCAACAUUGUUGGAACAUUUCUAAAUGCUGCGUGUCCAACUGAAUUAUUGAAGUGCCUACACUGCUGCACGGCUUUCAUUUGCCACAUUAAAUAUUGAAGGUGCAUUGUUACAUAAUGCAAACAUUGGCUUAUUGAAGAAGGAGAAAAAAAAAC